AUGAACGAGAAACCUAAUCCAGCUGACAGCAGCCCUCGGGAGGCUGGGGGCAUCAUUACCAACACCCCCGAGAGCUCCCAGACGCCGGAGACUGUGAUGGAAUCGCCAACGUCUACAGACAAAAAGCCAGAGGCGCACACAUUCAACGAGCAGACAAAUUACGUGUCGAAGGUCAAGGUUAUCACGAUUUUCCUGGCAUGCGCCAGCGUGGACCUGGUAGCGCUCAUGGACCAGACCACCCUGGCAGCUAGCUUGUCUAUUGUUGGCAAUUACCUUCAUGCAGGACAACAGCUAUCCUGGCUCGCUAAUGGUUACUUCAUCACAUCCACAGUUGGGCAGCUCUUGUACGGCCGCCUCUCGGACAUAUGGUCGCGUAAGGUGAUCCUAAUGGUCGGACUAGCCAUCUUCGGCCUCGGGUCGCUGGCAUCUUCUCUCGCGCAGACGGCUACCCAACUCAUCAUUUUCCGUUGUUUUACGGGUCUGGGCGGUGGCGGACUCAUGACAGUUGCCCAGAUGAUCGUCAGCGAUGUUGUCCCUUUGCGCGAGAGAGGGAAAUACCAGGGUAUUCUGGCAAGUUCCUCCGGUCACGAUUCCACUUCCACCCCAGCCUCCCUUCCCCGCUACGGUCCCGUCAUCGGCGGCACCCUUUCCUCCAAAGGCGGCGACUCAUGGCGCUGGAUCUUUCGCCUCAAUCUGCCCCUGGCGGCACUGUCUGCAGUAUGCGCCCUGUUUUUCAUGCCACUCAGGAAGGUCACUGGGGACUGGAAAGUGAAGACACGAGCCAUCGAUUUCGUAGGCAUCUUGCUUGCAUUGGCUGGCACCACCAGCUUGAUGCUUGGUUUGACUUGGGGUGGUGGCGAGUACCCCUGGGCUUCUGCAGCUGUCCUUACUACUCUCCUCGUGGGGUCCUUCAUCUGCGUCGUCUUUGUCUUGUGGCAGUGGAAGGGGCCGAGAUACCCGCUCGUACCUCUGGACAUUUUUCGCGCUCGCAUGACCAUCGGGGCAUGCAUCACCAUGGCCAUUAACGGAUGGAACUUUGUCGUUCAGGUCUACUAUAUUCCCACCUUCUACCAGCUUGUCUACAACUAUGGGGCGACUAGAUCCAGUGUCAUGCUGCUUCCCAUCACCCUCGUGCAGACUGCGAGUAGUACCCUCUCCGGACUCAUAGUCCACUGGGUGGGACGUUAUCGCGAGUGCAUCUUGUUCGGGUGGCUCUGCUGGUCGGUCGGUCUAGGCCUCAUGUCCACCCUCGACGAGACUUCUGGUCUAGGAAAGCAGAUCGGCUAUUCCCUGCUUAUUGGUGUGGGUGUGGGAAACACCCUUCAGCCAGCUCUGGUUGCCAUCCAGGCGAGCGUUCCAAGAAAGGACAUGGCCGUUGUCACAUCAUUCCGCAAGUGGGAUAGCUUUGUGAGGAACUUGGGGGCUACAUUUGGGCUUGCCAUCUGCGGCACAAUUUUGAACAACAUCGUCAAGAGCUCGGUCAAUGGUCUAGAUCUGGGUGUGGAACAACGCGAUUCGCUUCUCAGCAACCCACAGCAGUACAUAUCGUCGCUUUCUGAUGAAGAUGCGCAACGUAUCAGAGCCGUUCUCGCUCCCGCGUACCAGAAGUCUUUCAAGGUCAUUUUCGAGCUUGGUUCUGGCUUAGCAGCAGCAGCAUUCUUCGUAGCAUGGUUCUUGAUGCCACACAUUGACUUGUCCCGCCCCGACGAUCACAAGUUGAAAGAGGAGGGUCAUCAGGCACAACUGAAAGAAAACGCUGACGCCGCAGAGAAGUCUCCGUGA